ACGUCAUGUCCAAAUGCAUUGCUCAUUAGUACUUUAUUGGCUCCGGGAAUGCAGCAAAGCUGCACCUGCCUGGCAUGUAUGGUCAUAUACACAUCAUUCUCAAGGAUCUGAUUAACGUAUCCUUUUCUGCGGAGAAAUGGGCCGAGAUUUUGGCGCGCUCUGGGUUUGAAGAAGAGCAGAUCCUGGAAUCCGUGCAGCAUCCGGAUGAAGUCAGUUUCCAGCUCCUGGGUGCCACAUGCGAGGUUACAGGCCUCGACCUGGAAGAAGUACUCGAAGCGUUUGGUCGACACUUUAUUGAGUUCACCUUGCAAUCUGGGUACGGGCGCCUGUUCAAGGCCUUGGGAAAUUCGUUCCCUUCAUUCGUGGCGAAUGUGAAUUAUUUACACAACCAUUUAGAGCGCCAGCAUCCGCAUGCUCUGUUUCCUUACAUCGAGGUAGUCCACGAAGAUGGCCAAAAUAGCAUGGAAUUGCAUUAUUCAUCCACUCGCUCCGGGAUGAAAAAGAUCGUUGUGGGAACUUUGACCGAGCUCGGCCGUCAGAUGUUCGAUCUGGAAGUCAGCAUGGUGGAGCAACAGAGUCCACGAUACUUUCAGAGGGACAUGGUGAACUCAGGUCACCGGGCUGCUUCGUGGUGCGUCUCUUGGAAGCCCGUUGAAGGCGUUACCAGCUCAUCCAGCUCCAGUUCCCGGCAGGCGAAGAUGUCCUUCCCAGAGCUGCAUUUUGCCAUGAUGGAUUUGGGAAAAUUCUUGAACUCCAGCUUCUUUGAUCCCUUUUCAUGCUGCCGUCAACAGUUUCAGCUUAGAGAGUGCAUCUCAGCGUCGCCAAGUGAAGCUGAGCGAAAGUUCGCAGAAGUGCAGGGUCUCAGUUUGGAUCGGCAAGAGGAGAUACUGCUUCGGGCCACGCCCGCCUCCUGUUUGGCCGCCGCAUGGACGGAUGACCACAUGAAAACAUGCAGAAAAUUUUGGAGUUCUUCAGUUGGCACAUCAUCGAACUAUGCCUUGUCUCAUGAUGCAGACUGGGUUGACGUUUUUGUGAGCCACAGUUGGCAACCGCCAGUGGAUUGGGAACAGAUGAUGGGCCCUGAUGUAGACUAUGCCGAGAUCAAGGCAGCCACUUUGGCAGUAAUGGCCAAGGAUGUUGCCACGGCGCAACGAAGUCUACAGGAAUGGGGCCAGAUCACUUUUUGGGUCGACAAGGCUUGUAUUGCUCAAGAUCAUGCGGAGCUGAAGGCAAUGAGCAUCAAACUCCUGGACAAUUUCAUCGCCAAGUGCGACAGCAUGUGCGUUCUCUUCACAUGGACAUACCUCGAGCGGCUUUGGUGUGUGUACGAAUGGGCCUGCGUUUUGGUUCACAAGCCCACAGAGAAAGUUCAUUUGCAGACGGAACUCUUUGUCAAAGAGGAGACGCUUCCAUUGUACCUUGGAGCUGUUCGCAACUUCUCUUUGGCCAACACGAAGUGUGGAUUUGAAGAAGAUCGUCGAGUGCUGGAAGCCAAGAUCAACGAGGCUUAUGUCUCCAAGGAUCACUUUGAGGUUUUGGUGCAGGCGACGGUCAUUGCGCUCAUGGCGCGGAGUAUGGCUUUCCGAGCUGGUCGAUCACCGAAACUCUAUGAAACAUAUUAUCAACCUUGGGUGACAUUGGCACGUGAUCUCGGAAUGAACGACUUAGCAAAUGCCCUGGGAAGCUGUGAUUGCUUGACCUGGCGACGAGUUAGUUCGAUCUCUUCAAGUAAUUGUGGCGCUAUGAGGAGGACGAGCAGCAGCCUCUCAGCGAAUUCAACGACAGAGACCAAAGACAUCGUUUCUCCUUCCUCAGACAGAAGCCAAGUCGUCACGCCUGAAUGCCACUAUGAUCUCAUGCAAAUGAGCAUCGGAGUCAAUUCUUUGGCUUUCCAUGAAGUCAUUUCUGACUGGUUUGAGAUCGAUGUAGUCCCGAUCCUUGCUAAGUUUCAGGAAACAAGCACCAAGUGAUUUGGUGAAUAGAACAAUAUUGCACAGUCGGCCUUUGGCUACGGGUGACAAAUGUCGAAUUCAGAAUAAUUCAGAAUGAUUUUUUUGCCGCAGUGUCGCGAAUGGAUUCCAAUCCACGCGACAUUUUUGUAGUGCAAUGUGGAAUUCGUUACCUGGGUUCAGAUUCUCAUGCAACCUGGUCCUGGAUAAUUUUCCUCGCAGUUAUGCUGCAUUGCCCAGUUUCGUAGGUCCUUAGGUACACACGACAUUUUUCAGCUGCAACUGUCAGCUGGGUCAGGUCUUUUCAUCCCCCAAAAAAA